UUGUAUACCCUGACUAGACCAGCAGACAAUGGUGUGUGUGUCUUUGAGAGAUUACCAGACUAUACUUAAGAUAUUUUACCGUCCAACAGUAUGUAUUAAGAGUGAUAUUUAUAAUCAGCUGAACAUUAGGGAUUCCUGAAGCUAUUGAGAUAUAUUUCAUUUGCAGACACGCCUUGGCUUCUCAAGCAGUUUUGGCCAGAUUGUGUCCAACUCCAAGAUCUCUACUAAAGUGCAUUCACAUGGGGACUCAAGAAAGUAUCUCUAACUUUUACAAACUAACCCCAAUUCAGCUUGGCUGUGAAGUCAGAGGGAUCGACUUGAAGAAAGAUGUACCAAAGGAAGUUAUUGCAGCCAUCAAAGAAGAUGUGACCAAACAUCGCAUUCUGAUUUUUAAGGACCAAGGUGUGGUUAGUGGGGAGAGACAUGUGGAGAUUGCAAAGUGGUUUGCUGAACCAGAAUCCACCUUUUAUAAACACCCACGAUCACCUCACCCAGAUGUGUUUAGAGUGUCUAAUGACCGCACGGAAGGCUGUACAAAUGUUGGUCGAACGGGAUGGCACAUUGAUGGCAGUUUUCAAGAGGCACCAUUUGCUUAUGCCCUUUAUCAUAUGGUCAGCGUACCAACUAACGGCCCUACGAUGUUCUGCCCACUGACGGAAAUAAUAGAAGAGUUGCCUCGAGACCAACGCAUUCGAUGGGAGCGAUUGUAUAUGAUUAGCGAUCGCCGAUCAGGUCCGAUUCAUCCGCUCAUCUACACUCAUCCACUGUCAAAGAAGAAGGUUUUGUGUUUCCACCUGGGCAUGACCGAGGGGUUCGUAUGGGACUACAAGACUCCACAGCAACGAGUCACCAGUGAGGAGGAAACUUAUGCACUCCUACAGGAGAUCCAUCAUGAGUUUAUCAAGGACAACAAGGCUCGUCAGUAUAGACACAAUUGGAGUGUGGGUGAUUUCAUAUUAUCAGACAACCUGUCAGUGGCUCAUGAAGCUGCUCCAGAGACUCAGUUGCCUCGGAGCCAAGUGGGACUGAGAGUACUACAUCGUGUCACCACCCUUGGCUGCAGCCCUCCUGUCAAGGAGUAUGACUAUCGCAAGGAACUGGGGCUGUAAUAAUACAGCAAUAAAUCCCUAUCUACUCCUCAGACUCACCAGUGGUUGAGCUACUAGCAUGCCUGGCCAUACUAUAACAUGAUUUAAUUUUUAGAAGCUUUCAUGCAAUAAAGAUCUUCUUGAUCAAGGCGUCAGUUAUAGCGGCUCUCAUGCAAUGGGGACAUCACACAACCUGCAGAACAUGAGGGCAAGUUUGAUCACAUGAGGGAUAUUUUGUCAUGUCAUGAAAGGAACUCUUCACUUUUAAUUAUACAGUAAACCAGGUUGAUGCCAGGUCAUGGUGCUGCACAUGAUGAUGCAUUACAGUAUAAGCUGACCUGACAGUCGCUUAAUCUCCCUCAGUGUAUUAGUACUGUACAGUAUUCCAACCUCAUUCAGUAUAAAUCUAUUGGCUUAGCUUCUUGAUAAUGAAUUUUUACUGAUACUUUUAUGUGUACACGACCUACAAACCAGUCUGGAAGAAUACCUUAAAGUACUGCUAUUUUUUAAAUGACAUUUUGUUGGUUAUGUUCUGUACUGUACUGGCAAAAUUUUAAGUUUACUUAUUGCUUUUCCCAUCUGAAAACCUCACAUCACAAUAUAAGAGAGCCACUUAAGGUUAAUCUUAGAACAUAGGCUUGUGAAUUUUUAUCAGUUUUUCUCAAAUCAGAGUUGCUGCUCUUCCUCAUGUAUGCCUGCAGGAUUCUUAACAUGAGAGGGAAGGAAUUAGCACCUACUAUUUAUCAUAUUCCAUUAUCUCAAUAGUGAGCUAGGGAGUCUGCUGGGAAUGACCAACCCCUAUCAGUAAUAAAACUGCACCAUAGACUGUGAUCCCCAUUAGCAACUGCAUUCUAGAAUCCAGGACUCAGAUUUUCAAAGGUGUGAAAAUGCAUCUUAUUGCUUCACUUGAACAGUAGCACAAUGUUAGCUGUUAAAAUGGCUUUCGACUGCUGUUGCAAUCAUACCACACUCAAAGUGUUCUAUUUCUUCUAAUUAAGGAGCGAUAACAAACAUACCCUGUACAUCUGUGAGAACUUUGGGUCUUGAAUCAUGUUUAAGAUUUACACCCGAAGAAGUUGAAGUUGUUGCUGUUGUUGAUGAUGAUGUAUGAGAUAGACUCUAGAAGUACCACACUCACCAAGGUUGGAGAAUACAAUUAGUGUUUUUAGAAGGAUCUUUCAUAAUUGUUCAUCACUUCUGCAGAACAUAAUUUGUUGUCUGAUGCUACCCAUUCUGCCUUUCAACUUAGUACUGUACAUGUAUAACUAGUAUAUUCAAGUUCAAGUCUAGAUUGAGUGAAUACAAAAUGAGUCUGGUAACAGGUAAUGAAAAUGUCUUUGAAGAGAAUAUGAUGGGAAAAAAUUCUAUUGUUAUACUGUAUUUUCUUUUUAGGGUUUCACGUGACAAAAUUACGUAAAUAUAUUCACCAUCAGUGUUGUGGGUUGGAUCACCUUUGAUGAAACUGACAAGUGGUACUUAAAUUAUAUUGGCAUUGACUGUACUAGGAAUACCACUGGUUGUGAAUGGUUGCACUUGAAAAAUUACCAGUACUGUGUUAUGUGUUCGAAGGAAUUUUAUAUUAUUUAUGUGUGAUUAUGCCAACUGUGAUAUAUUGUGAUAGAUGUUACAAUUAAUAUGAAGGCAAAGUUUGUUUUACAGGUUUUAUGUAUGUUUAAUUAAUUCAAUGUGUACAAUGCACAAGUCUGCAUACCUGGGUGCUGCUUUCUAAUGGGCAGAAGAUGUGGUUAGUAGAGAAAGGGAAUCCCAUCCUCCUGCCUACUUCCUGUUCUGAUCCUUCCUGCUCUCCAUCAGCCUCUACCUUUUCUCUUUACCUCUCUCUCCCAUUGCAUCUUCUUUCUCCCUCCUUCAUCCUCCACCUUCUUUAUCUACCCUCCAUCAACCUCUACUUUCCCUCCAAUUACUUCAACUCUUUCACCUCUUCCCUCCACCCUCUCUCUCUCUCUAUUACCUUCCUUCCACUCUACCACCUCCUCUUCCUCCCUGUGUCUUCUCUCUCAUAACCUCCUUUCCACUCUGACUAUUUCCUUUCUCUUGAUUUUCUUUUCCCUUGUUUUCUUCCAACUCUCCUUUUCUUCCUCUUUCCAUCUUCAAUUCACAUUUUCACUCACUCUCUUCUUAUUUCCUAUAAACAAGAAAGCACAAGCAGAAUAAAACCAAGUUACUGCUGUCCACUUAAGAAACCUGCCACCAGUUAAGGCACCAAUACUGUAAUAUUGUCAUCACCUAGGAGUCUAGACUUAUUGUACCUGUAGUACUAUACAGUAUAAUAUCUAAAUCUGUACUUGAUCUUAUAUUUCUGAAUAAAUUUCCAUUUAAAGCAUCAA